AUGGCGGGACCGCACCACUUUUUGAGCGGGGAGAAACAAGCUAUGGCUGGAGUGGGGGAGCAGGCUUGUCUCGAAUCAGACCAGCACUGGCGUUAUGGAUCCCUGGACCCAUUGACUACCACAACAUGA